AUGUGUUCCAUGAUACAGUCAAUUGUUCUUUCCGCCUCCUUCCAAGUGUUAUGCGUGGUGAUUGCCACCACUUUUCUCGCCCUGCUGUAUGCAAGCAAGACACCGUCUUCCGCCACCUCUGAUGCGAGCAGACCACCUCUGGUCCCUUCGAAAUGGCCUUGGCUCGGCAAUGCGAUACAAUACGCUUACAAUCGCUCCUCGUUUGUGCGGCGCUCCAUGGAUCGUUACGGUCCCAUCUUUAGGACAAAGUUAGGUGGCCGAGACGCCACUUUCUUCACGACUCCCUCCCUCAUCGUGGCUCUCAUGAGGCGGUCGCAGCAACUAACCUUCUACCCUAUUCGUGCCUUGGUCCAUACCCGUGCGUUUGGAAUGUCCGUGGGCGCUGCUACCUCUGUAGAUAUUGACGAUCAAGUCUAUCCCGUGGCGUUCCAUCCGUAUUAUUCGAAGGCGCUCAUGGGCGCCACCACCACUGUCUUCGGCCCUCUGCUGUUGAAUUCAUUCAAGGCUCUUAUCGCCAGAUCGGGGUCCACCUUCGAGAUCCGUCUGCAGGAUCUCAUAUUCCCUACAUUCUUCCAGUGCUCGUCGCGGACAUCUUUCGGAACUGAGUUUCCUGCGGACGCUGCGUUCCCAGAAUUCCUAGUCUUCGACGAAGGCUUUUCAUUGUUGUCGUCAGGACUGCCCACGUACCUCUUCCCUAAAUAUCGACGAGCCCGUGACAACCUCCUCUCCUUCAUUCGUGUUCAUACCGCGUCAACUAGGACCAAUGGCGACUUCGCCACGGACCCCAAUAUAUCACGCGAAGUUGCGGAGGCUAUGCGAAGUGCCGGGUGGAGUGAACAGGACACGGUUGGACAUCUCCUGGCGUUCCUGUGGGGCUCACAGGGAAACGCCAUGUGGCUGACAUUCUGGUGCCUCUCCCACAUUUUGGUCGACAACGACAGUGUCGCGCGCAUCAAGAACGAAGUCUCUGAGGUUUUGAAGAGGGAGUUUGGUGGGAGCAUUGCGGAUCUCGUGGCUGCGGAUCCGGCAGUCCUUGAUGCAGAAAACUGUCCACUGCUGGAGUCUGCCAUGAAAGAGUCGCUGAGACUCUGCUCUGAGUUCAUCAUCGCCCGCGUCGCAAAGGAAGACACCAUGUUCGACGCCGCAGACCAGCAACCUUAUCGCGUCACCAAGGGGGAAUGGGUGUUUGGUUUGCCCUCGUUUGUACACAUGGACCCGGAGGUUUACGACUCCCCUGCGGAGUUCCGCAUAGACCGCUUUCUUGAAGCGGAUGGGCGCACUGCACGGAAAUUCCAAAAAGGCGGCAGGCGUGUCGAUAACAGCCUCAUGUUCUGGGGUGGAGGGAGCCAUGUCUGCAAAGGUCGUUUCGUCGCUGAGUAUGAGGUCAAGCUUUUCGUCGUACUCGUGAUCUUUUUGUUGAAUCCGAACCCUAUCGGAAUCGUUCAUUGCUCAGACGGGACCUUCACCAAGGAUUGCGUGGUUCCAAGUCGAAGCGAGACCCAUGUCGGGGUUCUACACAGCGACGAAGACCUCGUCAUAUGCUGCAAUCCACAGUACGAUGCUAAAUAG